AUGCCUUCCUUCCGCAGUGUGUCGAACUUUGCAGUUGCAGCACUGGGCUCUGCGCAGGCCGUACUAGGUCUGCAAAGCCAUGUCCUCCGUGAUAGUGCUCUCAGCGGCCAGUCUGCUUCAUGCAGCAACAACGGUCCAUUGUCGUGCCACAACAAGACUGAGGUAGCGAAUUUGUGCUGCUUCGACUAUCCCGGUGGCUCCAUCUUGCAGACGCAGUUCUGGGAUGUCGACCCUGCUACGGGUCCUGACGACAGCUGGACUGUUCACGGCCUCUGGCCCGACAACUGUGACGGCACCUACGAGCAGUACUGCGAUGAAAGCCGCCAGUACACCAACAUCUCAGACAUCCUCAAGGCCGAUGGCUACACGGAUCUCCUCAGCUACAUGAACACCUACUGGACCUCCAACUCCGGCAGUGCUGAAUCCUUCUGGGAGCACGAAUGGGGCAAGCACGGCACCUGCAUGUCUACCUUUGACACAAAGUGCUACAUGGACUACCAGCCCACGGACGAGAUACCAGACUUUUUCCAGCGGACCGUCGACCUCUUCAAGACGCUCCCAUCGUAUGAUUGGCUCAAAGACGCGGGCAUUGUGCCGAGCACAACCAAGACAUAUUCGUACGCCCAAAUCCAGAAAGCGCUAAAGAAGGGCCACGGCAAGAAGGUCUAUCUCGGCUGCACCAGCGAUGGCCAGCUGGAUGAGAUCUGGUACUUCUUCUACGUCCGUGGUAGCAUCCAAACAGGCGACUACGUCUCGGCAAACACGCUCACAGACUCUUCAUGCCCGAAGAGCGGUAUCAAGUACCUCCCCAAAGGCAGCAAAGCCUCUCCCACAGCUACGACCACGACCACCGCCCCGACUUCCACCUCCACUGGCGGCCCAUUCGAGGGUAAAGGCUACCUGAACGUUAUCACCUCUGGCAACAAGAAAGGCUGCAUCAUCUCCGGCGGGACGUGGUAUACGACAGGUACUUGUGCUGGCUUCACCACUACAAGCACCGACGACGGCUUCACGCUUACGUCGUCCAAGGGCCUGUGCGCGGUGCAGGAUGGCAAGUUGACGUGUUCGUCGAGCGUCACCGACGGGUCGGUGUUCACGGCUGAUGGGAGUGACUUGGUGUACGAUGGUGCGAGCACGUUCCAUGCUGAUGCUGUGCCUUCUGGGAGCACGCAGGGUGCCGUGUAUACCAGUGCGGAUGGGCAUGAAGUGGAGUUGAGCAUUGAGUGGCAGAAUAUUUAG